GAGGUCGCCAUUGGAAAAAUGGUGAUUGGUUGAAAUGUGGCACGUGACUAUAUUACGCAUGCGUAAUUCUAGUUGAUGCAGUCAACAUGGAUGUGGGAGAAUUGCUCUCUUACCAGCCAGAAAAACCUGGAUUCAGUCAUAAAAGGCAGCGACAUUAUGAAGGUGAAAAUGAUAACGAAAGUGACUAUCCUAAGAAAAGUAAAUUAUCAGAAAAUGAUCUGAUGAAAGCUGAAUCUCAGUUGUCUGAAGAGACUCGUGUCAAAAUUGCUCAGAUAGUUGAGGAUGAAGAGCCUGAGAUUGAUGUUCUGGAUGAAAUUGCUCUGAAAAGAAUGCUGCUUCAAUUUGAAAAACGAGUCUACAAAAAUCAAGAAAUGAGAGUCAAAUUUCCUGAUAUGCCAGAAAAGUUUAUGGAAUCUGAAAUGGAACUGAAUGAUGUCCUCCAUGAAAUGCAUGUGGUAGCAACUGUGCCUGCACUCUAUCAUGUUUUAGUAGAACUAAACACUGUACAGUCACUAUUACAGUUAUUAACACAUGACAACACUGAUAUUUCAAUUGCUGUAGUUGACCUCAUCCAGGAAUUGACUGAUGUGGAUACCUUAAACGAAAGUGAAGAUGGUGCAACAGCCCUUGUUGAUGCAUUAUUGGAUGGACAGAUUGUAGCUUUGCUGGUUCAAAAUCUGGAAAGGCUUGAUGAAACUGUAAAGGAAGAGGCUGAUGGUGUACAUAAUACUUUAGGUAUAAUGGAAAACCUCACAGAGUUCCGUCCAGAGAUUUGUCCAGAUUCUUCUCAACAAGGUUUAAUGCAAUGGAUUUUAAAACGAUUGAAGGCUAAAAUACCCUUUGAUGCCAAUAAACUGUAUGCUUGUGAAAUAAUGUCGAUCCUUCUUCAGAAUCAUGAUGAAAACAGACAGUAUAUUGGUGAACUAGACGGAAUUGAUGUUUUGCUCCAACAAUUAGCUUCUUAUAAAAGACAUGAUCCUGUUAACAGAGAUGAAAUUGAACUAAUGGAAAACUUGUUCAAUUGUUUGUGCUCUGCUUUGAUGUUGCCCUGCAAUCGUGCCAAAUUUCUAAAAGGAGAAGGUCUACAGCUGAUGAAUCUUAUGCUCAGGGAGAAACGAAUGUCUCGUAACAGUGCUAUUAAAGUGUUGAACCAUUCUAUGACAGGAUCAGAAGGAGCAGACAACUGUCAGAAAUUUAUUGAUAUUUUGGGUCUCCGGACAAUAUUUCCUCUUUUCAUGAAAACACCUAAACAGAGUAAAGCUGGACCAAUUAUGGAAGAAUUAGAAGAACACAUUACAUCAAUUAUCUGUAAUUUAUUGAGGAAUUGUCAAGGCACCCAACGGCAGAGACUUCUAAAUAAAUUUACUGAAAAUGAUCAUGAAAAGGUUGAACGAUUAUUGGAAUUACAUUUCAAAUAUUUGGAAAAAGUACAUCGUGUUGAUGAUCAAAUUGAGAAAGAAAAACAUAGAAUAAUGGAAAUGAAUGAAGAAUUAGAUGAAGAUCAUGAAGACCAAUUCUAUCUACGUCGACUUGAAGCAGGCUUGUUCACACUUCAGUUGAUAGACUGCAUUAUGUUGGAAAUUUGUGCAAGUGGUGCAUCUUCUGUAAAACAAAGAGUAAUGCAGAUUCUAAACAUGAGAGGAGGCUCUUUAAAAACUAUUCGCAACAUUAUGAGAGAAUAUGCUGGAAAUAUAGGAACUGCCAAAGAUGCUGAGAGUAAAGAAGCAGAACAAAGCCGAAUAUUGCAACUAGUGGACAAAUUUUAAUUAAUCUUUUUCAUUAGUCAUCAUUUUUUUUCUCCUCAUUAAAGUCUUACCACUCCUCCAUCUAUAUUUGUAACACUGUAAAAUAAAAUACAAACAACUCUUCUCAUUUUA